AUUUUGCCUCCAUCGACAGAAAAGCGGAAGGGAUAACUUUUUGGACUUGGGCCUCAGGGGUCCUCUUUUGUCGUCGCUCUUGUUCCCGGCUUCAACGCUUGGUCACUUUCGUUUCCUGAGGAAGUAAGGGGCCCGAAGAAGCUGUCUGUGGCUCUCACUCACGAUGUACAGCUUCAUGGGAGGGGGGCUGUUCUGCGCCAUCGUGGGGAAUAUCUUGCUGGUGGUCUCCACGGCCACCGACUAUUGGAUGCAGUACCGCCUGUCAGGUAGCUUCGCCCACCAGGGCCUGUGGCGCUACUGCAUGUCGGGAAAGUGCCACAUGCAGACCGACAGCAUUGCCUACUGGAACGCCACGCGUGCUUUCAUGAUCCUCUCGGCCAUGUCCUGCUUCGCUGGCAUUAUCGCAGGCAUCCUGUCCUUUGCCCACUUUUCGGCCUUUGAGAGGUUUAAUCGCUCCUUCGCUGCUGGCAUCAUGUUCUUUGUUUCAACGCUGUUCGUGCUGCUGGCGAUGGCCAUCUACACGGGGGUGACGGUCAACUUCCUGGGCAAGCGUUUCGGGGACUGGCGCUUCUCAUGGUCGUAUAUCUUGGGAUGGGUAGCUCUGCUCAUGACCUUCUUUGCAGGCAUAUUCUACAUGUGUGCCUACAGGAUGCAUGAGUGCAGAAGAGUGGCUGGCCCACGUUGAAUGAACAGUCGUCAAGGACAUCAAAGAUGAUACAUCUUGGAAAAUACACAAGAGAACUUAAGAA